CCCCUGCGACAACACCUUUUCUUGGCAGGCCAAUACUUGACGAGGUAGGAACCCGUGGAACCCAUUUCCUGUGUUCUGUAGUGGAUCCUACUUUUACGACCAACAUUACCUACUUCAAUCCAUUUUGCGCUCAUGGAGCUAAUUACUGCGACGUCAUUGAAAACCGUUAUCAACAGCAACCAUCAACCUUGCAGGGAAACUUCAAUUUGUUGAAACGCUCGUACCACCCUCCCAUCAGAGCCCGUUUUACAUUAACCAUAUGGCAUCAUGGCCAUAUGGCCUUUCAGCCGUAAGCGGUCACGCAGACGUUCGCCCGGCCGAGGUAGAGCUCAAGAAGAAGAAGAAGACGCUCCAGCAAAAUCAAUGACAGAACCUGUGGCGGGUGGCGAAAUAGGCCUUGGGCAGUCCCAGCAUCUCAAGAGUAAAAGACAGCGAGAUUCGGCUGGCAACAAGAAACUUUCGAGACGGGCCAGAACCUACAGCUUUUCGCCAGGCCGCGCAGAUUCACUUCGUGUCGCCCGUGCUAGACAAGAGUCGGUCCCACCACUUCCAACAGGCCCUAUCCCAGCGACUAUAAAUCGUGAUUAUGGAGCUCAUGGACAGGGCCCCUCUGGGGCUGCGGCAAAAGAGACUGAAAUCGGGGACCGAGUGCCCACCCUACACCACAACAACUCACACAACAAGAGAAGCGGGCAGCCUCUACCGCGAAAGAAAUCCAGCAAACGACGGAAAGAAGACCAUGACCGCGAAGCAGAGAUCAGGGCUAUGAGUCGUUUUGAGACUAUGCCGGUCCGUUCCGCCACCGAAGAUUUGACUCCAGGAAGACUCUUGAAGAGAGAGAGCAAGAGGGCGAAAACGGGCUCAAUAAAAGAUUGGCGCCGCCCAGAAUCAGACCUCUCCUUACCUAUUCCCGAGUCAACGCACUCCGACAUGUCUUCGGAUUCGGACCAUAUCUCAUAUAGGGUGUCACCCUUUGAUGCCUUGGCACCUCGCCCGACGAUCCGUUAUGCCUCGAAUCCGGUAUUUGGGGCUCCGAGUUCCGGCCAAUUGAGAUCAUCGUCACAAAAGAGGAAGCUAUCAGAAAAGAACCCUAUCUCCGAAGCCACAUUAAAGGCCCACAAACGAGUGGACAAUCUGGCCGAUGACUUGGAUGCCUCGGAUCUACGAGAGUUGUUGGAGCGAGACAAACGGAGAAGGGAACGGAAGCAAGAGAAGGAGCGAGAAAGGGUUGAACGACGACUGGCAAGAAGAGCAGAGAGACAGCGACUUGAAGAGGCUGAAGCCAGAAAUAAUGGAACGCCUCCACCUCAGAACAUGGAGAGAGGUGUCCUGGGUCGUGAGGCGCCUGCCGCGGAACAUAAUACAACUUCAGCAGUUAUCACUUCCUCUCGAAGGAGGGCAUCUGUUGGUACGUCUGCGCAAGAUGAAGUGGCGCUAGCGGAAGGCGAAGGUCGACAGCGUACUCCUUCUCCACUUGACAAGUUCCAUCGGGAAAAUAGUUUCGCUGUUGAGCGUGCAGAGCCUCCCCCGCUGGACCAACAUCCGGCCUUGCGAGUAGAACCUGAGUCUGAAAGGACAACAUCACGAUCACCAAGUCCUCGUAUUAUUGGAUUCAUGAAAUCCAGAAAACGCCGGUCAAACUCACCGUUGUCACCAGAGCCGGAGAAGGUUGGUUAUAGACCUGACCCGACGCGGACAAUUUCCAAGUCUGAGUCUGAGUCAAUUGAUUAUAGGAGGCCGUCAGAGAGUGGCUCAAGUAAAGCUUGGUCAUCGUUCUUCAAGUGGUCCAGAGGAGGCAGGAAUAGCCGCAACUCCGGUGCGCCUUCAUCCUUUUCAAAUACCUCCAGAGACUCCAUGCUUGCCAAUCAGCCAGUUUCGCAGACUCCCAACUAUUUACCUAUACAACGAUCCAACUCCAAGGUUCCAAAGCGAACAAUGUCUCGCUUCAGAGAGGACCUGCCUGAGUUGCCAUUGUCGCCACCAGAUUCUCGCGUCGGGUCUCCUGAGGUCGAGGUCCAGCACUCGGAGCCGCUUCCAAUUAUCACUGAUGAUGUCGUCAUGCGAUACGAUACUCCAACAUCAGGUCAUCGUGCAACUCCUAGCUCUAUGCUGCGGGAAGAGAUCCAGCCUUCACCUGCCCCACACUCAACGUCAAUGGCAUCUAUAGACUCGGAGGGAUCAUGGUUUUCCGGAAAAGGCAACCGCCAACGUGCUUCUUCGGGCAUGCGUGGAUCACUGAUCAACUAUCCUCUUCGGUCUGCUUCAGGAGACUCGGAGGAACAAGAAGAACCUGAUGAAGAUGCUGCACAUGAUGACGAUUUUAUGAAGAUUGUGACCGACGAGAAAGGAAUGCACCACAAAUCAGCUGAUGAGGCUCUACCGAGUAGCGACGAGGACGAACAGCUCGAUCAACAGGCACCCAAAUGGGGCAACGUUAUCGUCAAUCGCACGCCUACUUUUACUCAGCACCGAGAAACAAUGCGCAGCCGUGAGGGCCUUCUCUUGGAGUCUUUCGAUGACGAAGAUGAUAAGGAUAGUGGCACCAGCGACAAGGAAAGCGAAGGCAUAUCGGCUUUCGGCGGAGAAACUCCCUUGCCUGCAAGAGCAACCAGUAUCAAUUUCGGCAAAGGACACAUGCGUAACUUCAGUGCUGGGAGCGCUAAGCUGCUUGACAUCUCGCCACGCGUGUCUACAGAUAAGCGCAGAAGCUUCGAACCCGUCACGCAGUAACAUGGGCAUGGAUGUACGCACUAGGUGAGUAAUGUGCUGAUACGAUACAGGAACACGAUGAUCUUGAUGAGGAAACACGAUCCACGCUCACUACGCCUUUCCUUGAUU